AUGCCAGACCCAUCAAUACGCUACGCAGACGUCGCUGUUACAUUCACAGCAGACCAAUUUCGGGGCAUCUACCGUGGCAAGGCCUACCAUGCGCCUGAUUUCUCAGAGGUCAUACAGCGCGCAAAGGAAUAUGGCUGCGAAAAGAUCAUGCUCACAACCAUGUCUCUCCCGCUUGGGUACGAUAACCUGAAACUCGUCCGCCAAUUCCCAGAGACAUGCACCAUGACACUCGGCGUGCAUCCUUAUCAUGCGGCAGAGAUAUACGCUUCACCCGAAUCCUCAGAUACCGGGGACGCUGUCGGUAAUAUCAACGACGGUAGCAACUAUCUAAACGAACUCCGCAGUUUCGCCAAAACACUCAUCGCGGAGCAAAAUGCCGAAUCAGGGUCACCACUUGUCGCCUUUGGCGAGAUAGGCCUGGAUUAUGAAUACCUCACCCGCUCAGACAAGGCCACCCAGCAGCGCGCAUUCCGCGAGCAACUAGCUCUCGCAGUUGAGCUCCAGCUGCCCCUGUUCUUACACGUGCGCGACUCCUGCGCCGACUUCAUCUCCAUCAUCGAACCGUUCCUUGCGGACCUUCCGCGCCGAGGUCUUGUUCACUCCUUCGCUGGAACUAAAGAUGAAAUGCUCCAGCUCACUGCGCUUGGAUUCGAUAUUAGUGUGAAUGGCGUUUGCUUCCGUACAGAGGAGCAGCUAGAAAUGGUCAGGUGUAUUCCGCUGGAGAAGUUGCAGCUCGAGACCGAUGCGCCGUGGUGUGAGGUCCUGGAAGCGGAUGAGAGGAUUAAGCCGUAUUUGGAGGGUGCGAGGCCGCUCCCAGGUAGUAGGAAGCAUGGAAAGUUCCGGGCCGGGGAGAUGGUGAAGGGGAGGAACGAGAGCUGUGCAAUUGACAGGGUGGCCAUGGUUGUGGCGGGAGUAAAGGGGAUUAGUUUUGAAGAGGCUGCAAUAAUGGCAUGGGAGAAUAGUGUAAGCAUGUUUGGAUUGGGGGUGAGGUAA